AUGCCACAAAUCGUAUUAGUCGAUUCGGAUUUUUGUACCGAUAACAAUAAUAUGAUGCGUCAUGUGAUAUGUCAAAAAGAAGAACCAGUAUCGUCUCUUUCAUCAACAUCAUCAUCGCCUACUUCGAACUGUCAUCUAUCAUUGACAAUUCAUCAAUGUUAUUCCACAAGUACAUUACCAUCUGCGACUACGACUAAUAUUGAAAUGUACAAUAAAAGUACAAAUAAUAUAAUUGAAAAAUCAUCAUUACCACGAACUCAAACAUCAUCGCGUUUUUCGUAUUUAAUUCGACCAUCAACACCGUGUAUAUUCGGUCGAGAACAUUAUGAUGAUGAACAAAUGAAUGAUGAUGAAUUCUUUUUAACUGCCGGUGGUAUUGUUCAUUCAUGUCCAAAUAUUUAUGAAUUAUCAAUUGAUAAUAAUAGAAAAUUACAAUCAUGUAAUCAUUUAAUGUUUAUUGAUCAACAAACAAAAUUUAAUAAUAAUGAUAAUUUAAAUUGUUAUGAUACAGAAUUAGAUCGUUAUUCAAUAUUACCACGUUUUCAUCCAAAUUUAUCAUCAAUAUCAACAGAUUCAAUUGAUUCAGAACUUAAAUUAUAUAAAGAAAGACAUGCUAUUGGAUUUUCUCGUCAAUGUCAUGAUGAUAGUUCAAUUUAUUCAUCAUUUUUACCAACAACAUGGAGAUCAGACAAUUAUCUUUUAUUAAUGCCAUUUAUAAAUCAUCAACAUUCUUCAUUAUUUAAUUUAAUUGAUCAUGGAAAACGAUCACGUUCUUAUGAUUUGCCAGUAGAACAAACGUAUUCGUCUGUUAUAGCAUAA